GGAGGAGGCGGGGGCCGUGUCGCACGCAGCUCCAGGCGGGGCGGCCCCGGCGGCUGAGGGACGCAGCUAGACCUUGGCGGGACGGGGAUUUAACCGGGGCCCAGGCCCAGCGACCAGGCGGAGACGUCGCAGGAGCCGUUCCGGCCGCGGGGAAAUGCGGGUUUGCCUGCGAUGAGAUUUCAUUCUCUACAGUUCAAGGACAUCCUUUCCAGGCUGCUGUGAGUGAAUUUGGAAUGAGACUGUAUUUCCGUCUCAUGGAGAAUUAGCUGCGCCCUGAGUGAGGAUCGCUGCCCUGGACACUGUCGGAACACUGCGCACAAUGUCAUCGAACAGGAGUCAGAACCCCCAUGGACUGAAGCAGAUCGGCCUCGACCAGAUCUGGGACGACCUCCGUGCCGGCAUCCAGCAGGUGUACACCAGGCAGAGCAUGGCCAAGUCCAGAUACAUGGAGCUCUACACUCACGUUUAUAACUACUGCACGAGUGUUCACCAGUCGAACCAGGCGCGAGGGGCUGGCGUCCCUCCUUCUAAAUCGAAAAAGGGGCAGACGCCUGGGGGAGCGCAGUUUGUUGGCUUGGAAUUAUACAAACGACUUAAAGAAUUUUUGAAGAAUUACCUGACAAAUCUUCUUAAGGAUGGAGAAGAUCUGAUGGAUGAGAGUGUGCUGAAGUUCUACACGCAGCAGUGGGAAGACUACCGGUUCUCCAGCAAAGUCCUGAAUGGAAUUUGUGCCUACCUCAAUAGACAUUGGGUUCGCCGUGAGUGUGACGAAGGACGAAAAGGAAUAUAUGAGAUCUAUUCUCUCGCAUUGGUGACUUGGAGAGAUUGUCUGUUCAGGCCCUUGAACAAACAGGUAACCAAUGCUGUUUUAAAACUGAUCGAAAAGGAAAGAAACGGCGAAACCAUCAACACGAGGCUGAUCAGUGGGGUUGUACAGUCUUACGUGGAAUUGGGGCUGAAUGAAGAUGAUGCAUUUGCAAAGGGCCCUACGUUAACGGUGUAUAAAGAAUCCUUUGAGUCUCAGUUUUUGGCUGACACAGAGAGAUUUUAUACCAGAGAGAGUACUGAAUUCUUGCAGCAGAACCCAGUUACGGAAUACAUGAAAAAGGCAGAGGCCCGUCUGCUGGAGGAGCAGCGGCGCGUGCAGGUCUACCUUCACGAGAGCACCCAGGACGAGCUGGCGCGCAAGUGCGAGCAGGUGCUCAUCGAGAAGCACCUGGAGAUCUUCCACACGGAGUUCCAGAACUUGCUGGAUGCCGACAAGAACGAAGAUUUGGGUCGCAUGUAUAACCUUGUGUCUCGAAUCCAGGAUGGCCUAGGAGAACUGAAAAAACUUCUGGAGACGCACAUUCACAAUCAGGGCCUCGCAGCCAUCGAAAAGUGCGGAGAGGCUGCUCUAAAUGACCCCAAAAUGUACGUCCAGACGGUGCUGGACGUCCACAAAAAGUACAACGCCCUGGUCAUGUCGGCGUUCAACAACGACGCAGGCUUCGUGGCCGCCCUGGACAAGGCUUGUGGGCGCUUCAUCAACAACAACGCGGUCACCAAGAUGGCUCAGUCGUCCAGCAAGUCCCCUGAGCUGCUGGCUCGGUACUGCGACUCCCUGUUGAAGAAGAGUUCCAAGAACCCAGAAGAAGCAGAGCUGGAAGAUACGCUCAAUCAAGUGAUGGUCGUCUUCAAGUACAUCGAGGACAAGGACGUGUUCCAGAAGUUCUACGCAAAGAUGCUGGCCAAAAGACUUGUGCAUCAGAAUAGUGCGAGCGAUGACGCUGAAGCAAGCAUGAUCUCCAAAUUAAAGCAAGCCUGUGGGUUUGAGUAUACCUCUAAACUUCAGCGGAUGUUUCAGGACAUCGGCGUGAGCAAAGAUUUGAACGAGCAGUUCAAGAAGCACCUGACAAACUCAGAGCCGCUGGACCUGGACUUCAGCAUCCAGGUCCUGAGUUCCGGCUCCUGGCCCUUCCAGCAGUCCUGCACGUUCGCCUUGCCCUCGGAGCUGGAGCGCAGCUACCAGCGGUUCACCGCUUUCUACGCCAGCCGCCACAGCGGCAGGAAGCUCACGUGGUUGUACCAGCUGUCCAAGGGCGAGCUGGUCACCAACUGCUUCAAGAACAGAUACACUUUGCAGGCGUCCACGUUCCAGAUGGCCAUCCUGCUGCAGUACAACACGGAGGACGCCUACGCGGUGCAGCAGCUGACGGACAGCACGCAGAUCAAAAUGGACAUUUUGGCACAAGUCCUACAGAUUUUAUUGAAAUCAAAGUUACUGGUCUUGGAAGACGAAAAUGCAAAUGUCGACGAGGUGGAACUGAAGCCAGAUACCUUAAUAAAAUUAUACCUUGGUUAUAAAAAUAAGAAGUUAAGGGUUAACAUCAACGUGCCCAUGAAAACCGAGCAGAAGCAGGAACAAGAAACCACACACAAAAACAUCGAGGAGGACCGAAAGCUGCUGAUUCAGGCAGCCAUCGUGAGGAUCAUGAAGAUGCGGAAGGUCCUGAAGCACCAGCAGCUGCUGGGAGAGGUGCUCACACAGCUGUCCUCGCGGUUCAAGCCGCGGGUCCCAGUCAUCAAGAAGUGCAUCGACAUUCUGAUCGAGAAAGAGUACUUGGAGCGAGUGGACGGGGAAAAGGACACCUACAGCUACCUGGCUUAGCCCUCGGUGGAGGGGCAGACCGUGCCGCCGCGGACGACCGCGUCCCCAGCAGCUGCCACCCCGGGGGCCCUCCUUUCCGACUGGGACCGAGACCCCCUCGGCCGGCCAGCUGUACAUCAGAACCGCUCAGGAUCGACACAUUUCCAGUCUGUAAAUAAGGACACCGAUGCCAUUUAACCCAAGUUAGGAACAGAGGGGACGCACCUCCCGUGCUGAGGGCUGCAUGCUACUGCAUUUCAAUCCACCCACUGGCUGCGUGCGCGCCGCUGCCGGCCCGCAGCGCCUCGGCGUCGGCAGCGCUCCGACCGGAGUCUGGACGGACCCGCGUGUAAUCUGCUCGGAAAACCAUUUGUAUAGUGUGUUUCAUUUUUUAAUGUGUGGAAAUAAAGAAAAUUAAAGGAUUUCUGUACAAGUUGCA